AUGAAAGGAUUCACUGCAGGCCCGAUGAUGACCCCCGAGUAUGAAUGGUGGUGGGGUAGAAGAGUCAACGACAACAUCCCUAGGCAGAAUCAAGGGAACACACAACCGAUAGAGGAGCAUUUACGGGUCAUCCCAUCCGAGUUAGAGAUCAUUAAGCAAGAUUUUGAGAAAAGAAACUCGGAGUUAGGGAAGAAGAUAGAGCAGCUAGAAGAAGAUAAAAUGAAGUUGGGGUUAGACGUCGAUAUCCACAAGCUAGAGGCCGAGAAGUUAAGGAAAGGAAAGAACAAGGCCCAGGAAGAUUUAAAUAGUCUGAAAACUGAUUACAAGAAGCUUCGUAUAACAAUAAAAACUACCGGAUUAGGUAAAACGUCAGAGCAAUGGUGUCAAGAGAUUAAAGAGGAAAAGACUAGAGCCGACCAUUGGGAGAAAAGAUUUCAAGAUGCCCUAGUACGAAAGGACACUCUGAAGAAGAGUUUGUUAGAAACCCAAAACAAAAAGGAGAAGUUACGAGCUCGGGUGGCUGAAUUGGAAAGAUUACUUCAGCAACAUCGUAGCCAUAAUUCGAUAAUUAAGCUAAAGGCUAGUCUGAGCAGGAUCGAAGAGUUGAAAGGGAAAAUAGAAGAACUCAAGACCGCACUGCGAGAUAGCAAAAUUCGAGUGGAACUUCUUGAGACAAACAACGACCAUUACAGAGAACAGCUUCACCACUCUCAAAACCAGAUUAGAGAUAGAGACUAUGUCAUGGGCGAAGCUAUAGCUCAGGUUCGGGAGAUAGCUGAUCACUUGCAAAUCUUGGCAGUUCAGGCUGAUAUAUUAAGCUUAAAGUACGAGUUGGAAUCAGACCGAGGCCGAAGCUUAGCUUGGCUUCUUAGGAAACUAAGAAUGGUGGAACAAGAGGAUAAACAGAUUUUACCUCAUCAAGAAUUUGUUGAAACAAUAAACUUUGGAGCUGAAGAAAGGAAGCAAUAAGUGAAGAUUGGGACCUCUAUUUCAGGGGGCACCAGGCAUAAUUUGAUUGUUUUGCUCCGUGACUACAAAGAUGUAUUUGCAUGGGCAUAUCAGGAUAUGUCAGGAUUGGAUGAAGAUGUAGUAGUCCAUAAGCUCCCAUUGAAGCCAGAAUGCAAACCCAUUCAACAAAAGCUAAGACGGAUGAGACCUGAGAUGUUGUUGAAAAUAAAAGAGGAAGUCAAGAAGCAAUUUGAUGCUGGCUUUCUACAAACCUCCAAAUAUCCAGAGUGGGUGGCCAACAUAGUUCCGGUACCAAAGAAAGACGGCAAAAUACGAAUGUGCGUGGAUUAUCGUGACCUGAAUCGAGCAAGUCUCAAAGAUAAUUUUCCCUUACCACACAUUGAUACGUUGGUGGAUAACACAGCAAAACUUUUAUUGUUUUCUUUCAUGGAUGGAUUCUCGGGGUAUAAUCAGAUCAAGAUGGCCCCUGAGGAUAUGGAGAAAACUACCUUCGUAACAAUGUGGGGAACAUUCUGCUACAAGGUGAUGCCAUUUGGGUUAAAGAAUGCUGGGGCAACAUAUCAGAGGGCUAUGGUGACGUUAUUCCAUGACAUGAUGCAUAAAGAAAUAGAGGUCUAUGUCGACGAUAUGAUUGCUAAAUCCCGAGGGGAAGAAGAGCAUGUAGUGAACCUGAAGAAGUUGUUCGACAGACUGAGAAAGAUCCAGCUAAAGCUCAAUCCGGCCAAAUGUACGUUUGGGGCUACCUCAAGAAAAUUGCUUGGCUUCAUUGUCAGCGAGAGAGGCAUUGAAGUUGAUCUAGAUAAAAUAAAAGCCAUUCAAGAGUUAUCACCUCCGCGCACGCAAAAGGAAGUCAGAGGAUUUUUAGGGAGAUUAAACUACAUCGCCCGAUUUAUCGCUCAACUUACCAACCAAUGCGACCCAAUCUUUCGACUCCUUCGAAAACAUAAUCCCGGAGAAUGGAACGAGGAGUGCAAAGUGGCUUUUAACAAGAUAAAACAGUAUUUGUCUAGUCCUCCAGUGCUAGUACCACCAAUGCCGGGAAGACCAUUGAUAUUGUAUUUGACUGUGUUCGAGAAUUCAAUGGGUUGCGUACUGGGGCAACAUGACGAGUCCGGAAAGAAAGAAAAGACGAUCUACUACCUCAGCAAAAAGUUCACUGAAUAUGAGGCAAAGUAUUCGUCCAUAGAAAAAUAUUGUUGCACUCUGGUUUGGGUAGCUCGAAGACUCAAGCAAUAUAUGCUGUAUCAUACGACAUGGCUAAUUUCAAAGUUGGACCCAAUAAAGUACAUGAUGGAAUCAUCUGCACUCUCAGGAAGAAUGGCACGAUGGCAGAUCUUACUAUCAGAAUAUGAUAUCGUCUAUGUGAGCCAAAAGUCGAUAAAAGGGAGCGCAAUAGCUGACUUCUUAGCAACUCGAACAACGGAGGAAUACGAGCCAUUGAGAUUUGAUUUCCCAGAUGAAGACUUGAUGUGCAUUACAGAAAAAGAAUGUGAGUCAUCAAAAGUAAAGUCAUGGAAGAUGAGCUUUGAUGGUGCAUCGAAUGCAUUGGGGCAUGGGAUUGGAGCAGUCUUAGUAUCACCAGAAGGAAACCAUUGCCCACUCACUGCCAGGCUGAACUUUUUCUGUACGAACAACAUAGCAGAAUAUGAGGCUUGUAUCAUGGGACUUCGUGCAGCAAUUGGACAAAACAUCAAAACUUUAGAGGUAUACGGAGACUCAGCCUUGGUGAUAUGCCAAAUCCGUGGAGAUUGGGAAGUGAGAGAUUCGAAACUGGUCAAAUACAGUGAUCUAGUGGCAGAGCUGAUUAAAGAAUUCGAAGAAAUAACUUUUAAUUACCUCCCACGAGAAGAAAACCAAUUGGCUGAUGCCCUGGUCACUUUGGCUUUAAUGUUCAAAACAAACGGAGAAACAGAAAUAAUGCCUCUUCAAAUGAGCAUAUAUAAAGUCCCUGCACAUUGUUUCAGCAUUGAAAAAGAGCCAGAUGGACGGCCAUGGUUCCAUGAUAUCUUAGAAUAUGUCAAGAACCAAAAGUAUCCCGAACAAGCAAAUGAGAAUGACAAACGAACAAUCAGAAGAAUGGCAGAGAGAUUUGUUCUUGAUGGGAACAUCCUGUACAAAAGAGGAAAAGAUCAAGUACUCUUGAGAUGCGUAGAUGAUGUUGAAACCAGAAAAAUACUUGAAGAUGUCCACGAGGGAAUUUGUGGGACACAUGCCAAUAGUUUCACUAUGGCCAGGAAGAUUAUGAGACUCGGUUACUACUAGCUGACGAUGGAAAGCGACUGCAUUAGUUUUGCAAGAAAAUGCCACAAAUGUCAAAUUUAUGGCGAUAAGAUUCAUGUAGCCCCUUCGCUCCUUCAUGUCAUGACUUCUCCGUGGCCCUUUUCUAUGUGGGGCAUGGAUGUUAUAGGGCCAAUUUCCCCAAAAGCUUCUAAUGGACACCGGUUCAUUUUUGUGGUUUUUGAUUACUUCACAAAAUGGAUAGAAGCUGUUUCGUUUGCCAAUGUGACAAAGACUGCAGUUUGCAGAUUUUUGAAAAAAGAAAUCAUUUGUCGAUAUGGUUUGCCUGAGAGAAUCAUUUCAGAUAACGCCUUGAAUCUGAACAACAAAAUGAAAGUGUGUGAGCAGUUUCAAAUAAAGCAUCAUAACUCGUCACCCUAUCACCCGAAAAUGAACGGAGCUGUUGAAGCAGCCAACAAGAAUAUUAAGAAGAUUAUUGGGAAAAUGACUGAGACAUAUAAAAAUUGGCACGAGAAGCUACCAUUUGCUUUGUAUGCAUAUCGCACAUCUGUACGGACAUCUACGGGGGCAACUCCUUUUUCUCUGGUCUAUGGAAUAGAAGCUGUGCUACCUAUCAAAGUUGAGAUCCCCUCUUUACGAGUCUUAAUGGAUUCGAAACUAGAGGAGGCAGAAUGGGUUCGAGCUCGAUAUGACCAGUUAAACAUCAUCGAAGAAAAAUGUUUAAAGGUAAUUUGUCACGGACAGAUGUACCAGAAGAGAAUGAUCGCGGCCCAUGACAAGAAAAUACGGCCAAGAGAAUUUCACGAAAGAGAACUCGUGCUGAGAAAGAUUUUUCCAAUACAGAAGGACUUACGAGGAAAAUGGGUACCAAAUUGGGAAGGACCAUAUGUCGUAAAGAAGGCAUUCUCGGGCGGAGCUUUGAUUCUCACUGAGAUGGAUGAGAAGGAGUUACCGAAUCCAGUGAAUUCAGAUGCUGUGAAGAAAUAUUAUGCUUAA